AUGCCUUACCCCGACGAAGCUGAAGGUUUCCAGGUCGACAGCCCUGAGACUUUCACCACCUUCCACAAGAGAUUUUUCAAGCUGAAGCCUUUUGGUGAUUAUGACGUCGACAUCAAGAUCGAAGCGUGCGGUAUUUGCGGCAGUGAUGUGCACACGAUCAGUGGUGGCUGGGGAGAGCAGAAAUUCCCCCUUUGUGUGGGACAUGAAAUCGUCGGCCGUGCAAUCCGUGUCGGCCCCAAAGUGACCCUGGUCAAGGAGGGCCAGCGUGUGGGCGUCGGCGCUCAGUCCUACUCCUGCGGCGAAUGCAAGCAAUGCAAGAACGACAACGAGACAUACUGCCCUGUCCUCAUGAUCGACACAUACGGCGCCGAGUGGCCCGAGACUGGCAUCGUCAGCCAGGGUGGUUACUCCUCCCACGUCCGCACCCACGAGCAUUGGGUGUUUCCCAUCCCCGACGCCCUCGAUAGCAACCUCGUCGCCCCAAUGCUGUGCGCCGGUCUGACCGCAUACUCUCCCCUGGUCCGCAACGGCGCAGGCCCCGGUAAGAAGGUCGGUAUCGUCGGCCUGGGAGGCAUCGGUCACUUUGGUGUGAUGUUCGCCAAGGCGCUCGGUGCGGAGGUCUGGGCCAUCUCCCGCAGUCGGGCCAAGGAGGCCGAUGCUCGCAAGCUUGGUGCGGAUGGCUACAUCGCCACGGCGGAGGAGGGCUGGGAGAAGCCUCACCGGUUCUCGUUUGAUCUCAUCAUCAACUGCGCCAACUCCUCCGAGGGCUUCGACCUGGCCAAGUACCUGUCUAUGAUGGAUGUGCACGGCCGCUGGAUCAGUGUCGGUCUGCCCGAGGAAGAGGGCCAGGUCAUCAAGGCACAGCACCUCAUCUCGAACGGAGUCCUGAUCGGAGCCAGCCAUCUUGGCAGCCGGAAGGAGAUGCUGGCCAUGCUUCAGCUGGCGGCCGAUAAGGGCCUAAAGAGCUGGGUGGAGGAGUUGCAGAUCGGCGAGGAGGGUCUCAAGGAGGCGAUGCUCCGGAUGAAGAAGGGAGAUGUUCGCUACCGGUUUACCCUAACUGGUUAUGACAAGGUCUUUGGUCAAUGA